AUGGACCCGCCGCUCGACCCGCCGCUGCGCCUUAGCGUCGCCUCGUCGCACGCCCAGACGCUCGACGAGGCGUCCGACAUGCUGCAGACGUUUCUCGACGACUUUGAGGCACGCACCGCCGCGCCCGGCACCGGCGACGGCGUCGGCGCACGCGGCGCCAGCAACCUCACCACCGGCGCACUGGGCCGCCUCGUGGCCAACCUCGCCCGCGAGGCACAGCAGACCACGGCCACAUAG